CACACAGUCAGCAGAAUGAUUAGAGCCACCCUAGUGUUUUGUUUGGUCGGCUUUGCCGUAUGCCAAGAAGGCAACAUCGUGCAGGUUGCACAGAAGCUUGGUGCAACCACCCUGUUGAAAUUUGCAACGGAUGCUGGUCUUGCAGACACUUUGGCUAACGGAGGUCCCUUUACUGUAUUUGCCCCUACCAAUGACGCUUUUGCCAAACUUCCAAAAAGAGUUGUAGAGUAUUUACAGAAAAACAAGGAAGCCCUCGUAGCUGUCUUAAAAUACCACGUUCUCAGUGGAAAGACUUACUCUAGCCAGUUAAAGAAUGACCUCGUGGUUCCAACAUUAGACCCUAAACUGAACUGUAGAAUCAACAUUUACCAAAACGGCAAGGUUGUUACAGCAGACGGAAGUCCAAUAGUGAUGGUCGACCAGAAUGCUACUAAUGGCGUCAUUCACGUCAUUAACCGUGUGGAGUUCCCCAUUCCUGUAAUGGAUGUAGUGAAAACUGCUCAAAGAGAGAGCGAAUUAGGAACAUUGGUGAAGGCGGUUGUGGCAGCUGGGCUUGUCGACACACUUUCAGGCCCUGGACCAUUUACCGUAUUCGCACCAACAGACAAAGCUUUUGCUGCCCUUCCCCCAGGAACAUUGGACAACCUUCUUAAGAACAAAACAGCUCUAACAGACGUACUAACCUAUCACGUGGUUAGCGGAACCUAUUUCAGUGCAGGACUCACUUCCGGGGCUGUUCCAACUGUCGAGGGUAAAAGCGUCAACAUUGAAGUAGGAGAAGGUGUUAAAGUCAACAGUGCCAAAGUAGUUCGAGCAGACCAAGCAGUAACAAAUGGCGUCAUCCACAUUAUCGACGCAGUCCUUAUCCCGCCAAAAUAUAAUAGCAAUGGAUCUGGUUAUAGGUUCCAGCCGUAACUGGGAAUUAGAUAGGAUUUUUCUAUUACUAAUCAUCACAUCUUGA